UCCCAUUCAGAAGCUAUGGGCCAUUUGAACUACACUACCCAGAAUUCCUUACUGACAUCUACUUCCUGUUUCGUCUUAUCAGUGAACUUUAUCCUCCUGGUUGUUGUUGAUUUUUUUCUUGGAGGAGUUUCCUCCUCGGGACKGACCGAGCUGUCGGAGCUGGUCAUGGGGAGCGUUCUGGUCCGAUGUGCCGCCACAGACCUGGGGAUCCAGUGGGUCGGCUGGGCUCUGGCUGCGGCUUUCAGAACCGAGAAGUUUUACGAUUUGGCAGGUUCUGGCACAUUUAUACUCCUUGUGCACCUGAGUCGUAUCUGGGGCGGAGCCAAUCAUAGCCGUCAGAGGGUCCAGGCCGGGCUGGUGACGGCGUGGGGACUCAGAUUGGGGACGUUUCUUUUCCUGCGGAUCUUGAAGGACGGUCACGAUCGCAGGUUCAACAAUGUCAGAGACAGCCCAGGGACUUUCUUUGUAUACUGGACCAUUCAAGCUGUGUGGAUAUUUAUUACCCUCCUGCCCACCCUCAUGCUGAACACCGAGAGGCGCACCGAGCCUCUGGGGGCCAGGGACUACGUCGGCUGGACUGUUUGGGGGCUUGGCUUUGCCAUCCAGACGAUAGCUGACCAACAGAAGUGGCUCUUCAAAAGCGAUCCAGAUAACGCCGGGAAGUUCAUCCAGAGUGGGCUGUGGGCCUACAGCAGGCAUCCUAACUACGUUGGAGAGAUCCUGCAGUGGUCGGGUCUCUGGCUCUCAGCCUCGUCGGUGAUGCGGGGCCCGCAGUAUCUCAGCGUCGUGUCGCCACUGUUUGUGUGGUUCCUGCUGCGUUACGUCAGCGGCGUCCCCAUCCUGGAGAGGCAGGCUGCGAAGAGGUGGGGAUCUGAGCCCGCCUUCCAGGACUACAUCAAGAACACUCCUCUGCUCUGGCCGUGGCCAAAACGUUGAUACUGUUAUGUUUGAUCCUUUAUCAUUGUCAACUGCAGUUACAAUAAAACUACAAAUAUUUUUGAA